AGUCACCAUCUUCCCAUCGUCUCCCUUGUAACUUUCUUACACGGGAGGGUAGCCAAGCCUCUCUCUCUCUCUGUCUCUCUCUCUCUCUCUCGUGUAUACUCUCUCUCUCUCUCUCUCUCUUCUAAAAAUAUAUAAAUACAAAAAAUACAAAUUUUUUUUAUAUCCAUUUUUGAUCCAAAUCCAUUGCCUCUCACACAUCUCCCUGCGUCUCUGUUUGAUACAUAAAAUCCAUUCAUUUUACACAUAUAAAUAUAUUUGUACAACCCAUUGAUAUCAAAAACAGUAAUUGGAAGAAAAACAAAGAAAAAAGAGAGAGGAAAAGGAGGGCCUUUAAGCCCUCUCUUCUUAUUAUGCUUCCUCUCAGAUCUUAGAUUCUCCUACUUUCCCAUCUGGGUUUUUUCUCCCUGGUAUAGUUAAUAUCAUUGUCUCUUCAAAAACGAAAAAAGAAACCAGCAAAGCUUGUUUUUCUUUUGUGUUCUUCAUUAUUUUGCUGUAAAUGAUUUCUGGGUAUUGGAUCUUUCUUUCAUUUCUCAUCAAAGCUGGAUCCUUUUUUGCUUUGGUUUUUAGGAAUCCUGGAUUGUUGGUUUAUUGGUAAUCGAUCGGUGAUUGGUCUCAUGCUUUUCGAUUGAAUCCAACAACACCCGGUCGUUUUUAUUUUGAUAUAAAUAACCAAGCUUUGCUUGAUUUCUGUAUUCUGGCAAGAUUAUUGGAUAUUGAUGUUCAGAAUGGAAAUGGAGCUUGGCAAGCUAUUCAUUGGUGGGAUUUCUUGGGACACAAAUGAGGACCGUCUUCGAGAGUAUUUUCAAGCUUUUGGGGAAGUUGUGGAAGCUGUGAUAAUGAAGGAUCGGGCUACUGGUCGUGCUCGCGGAUUCGGGUUUGUUGUUUUUGCUGACCCGGCUAUUGCAGAAAGAGUUGUUAUGGAAAAGCACAUGAUAGAUGGUAGAACUGUUGAGGCAAAGAAGGCAGUUCCUAGGGAUGACCAGAACAUACUGAACAAGAGCAAUGUUAGCAUUCAUGGAUCACCUGGUCCUGCUCGCACAAAAAAGAUAUUUGUAGGAGGCUUAGCAUCCACGGUCACUGAGAGUGACUUUAAGAGGUACUUUGAUCAGUUUGGUACAAUUACAGAUGUUGUUGUGAUGUAUGAUCACAACACUCAGAGGCCACGAGGUUUUGGAUUCAUAACUUAUGAUUCAGAGGAAGCUGUCGAUAAAGUCUUGCAGAGAACAUUUCAUGAACUCAAUGGAAAAAUGGUUGAGGUCAAGCGGGCUGUCCCCAAAGAAUCAUCUCCGGGGACAAGUCGGAACCAGUUAGGUGGGUAUAACUUUGGUCUGAGUAGAGUCAAUAGCUUCCUUAAUGGCUACAUGCAGGGUUAUAAUACUAGUUCAGUUGGAGGUUAUGGUGUUAGAAUGGAAGGUAGAUUUAGCCCAGUUACUGUUGGUCGGAGUGGAUUUCCUCCAUUGAGUCCUGGUUAUGGGAUGGGACUGAAUUUUGAGUCAAAUUUGAGUCCAAGCUACGGAGGAAGCUUAAACCUUAGUUCUAACCUCAGCUAUGGACGGGGAUUGAACACUUCAUUUAAUGGAAAUUCAAACAGGUUUGGUAGCCCCUUUGGAUAUGGUGGGGGCAGUGGAGGAAAUAGUUCUAUCUUAAACUCAGCUGGUCGAAAUAUGUGGGGAAAUGGAAGUUUUAACUAUGCUACUAGCUCCACAAACUCUAGUGCUAUUGUGGGCUCUGGAAGUGGGAAUUCAGGAGUGCGUUCUUUUGGCAGCAUAGGAGCACUUUGGGAUUCCUCUCCUAGUUUAGGUCAAGGUGGAGGUGCUGCUUCUUCUUAUAAUGGUGGCAAUCUUAGAUAUGGAAGUGGAGAAUUUGGUGUUGGAUCAGGAGGGAUAGGCUAUGGCAGAAACAGCAAUGUUGCUCAGUUAUCAUCCCAUGGUGCUUCAAAUGGUGGUUAUGACGGGGCUUAUGCUGAUAUCUAUGAAAAUGGUUCAUUUUAUGGGGAUUCCACUUGGCGAUCUUCUCCCUCAGACCUAGAGCGGUCUAGUUCUUUUGGUUUUGGGCUGGGAGAUGCAAGUUCAGAUGUUAUGACUAAUAACUCUGCUGGUUACAUUGGUGGUUAUAGUGUUACCAAUAGGCAGGCAAAUAGAGGGAUUGCUGCAUAGGAGUUGUGAUGAUAUGAUGUCAAAAAGAUAAUUGUAGGAAAUUUGUCUGGUGAAGCGGGUGAAUGACUUGAUUUCUACAUUUUCCUCAGUGAGAUAUUUCAGUUUUAUAUGAAAAUAUGAGUAGAGCUAAUUUGGUUCACCUGUUUUGAUGAACUUGUUAUAGAGAUCAGUUACAAAGAAUUUCUUGUAAGGUUUGAGCUUGCAGUUUUUUCCUUCUCAAUACAGGUUUUCUUUACUGGGAUUGAUUAAGAUGUAAAAUCAGAUUGUGGGUAUACGCAGAUUAUUGUAUCAUGCAUCUCUUGGUGACAGAGACGAUACGUAUAAGAGCAAACUUUUUUUCUUUCUUUUUUUUUCCCUUCUGCGUUAGAGUUGUUCGAUCUUCUGCUGUUAUAUCCAGUGAAGUUACUGGGCUCUUGUAUUUUGUAGAUUGUAAUGAGAUGUUUGGUUUGGAUUUACAUUGUCAAAACUCUGGAGGGAUACACUCUUUCGGGUUCCCCUAGAAUAAGGUACUACAAAAUGUGAUUUAUUGUUAGUGUAA